UGGAACGGUGUAUCAAACCGAUGUGCCCGAUGCAUUCUGGAGGUGAAGGGAAUUUACAGUAUACCUUCGCUUUCUACGUUGGAUUGUGUGUCGCAGACAGAGACUGUGUCUAACUCACUGAUAAAUCGGAGAUGGCUUUGGAGAAGAUCAAGGUGGACAACCCCAUCGUUGAGAUGGAUGGUGAUGAAAUGACUCGGGUUUUCUGGAAAUCAAUCAAGGAUAAGCUUAUUCUCCCCUUUCUAGAGUUGGAUAUCAAAUACUUUGAUCUUGGCCUACCCAACCGUGAGGCCACUCGUGAUCAAGUUACGGUUGAUAGUGCUCAUGCCACUCUUAAGUAUAAUGUGGCGAUUAAGUGUGCAACUAUAACUCCAGAUGAAGCCCGUGUUAAGGAGUUCAACUUGAAACAGAUGUGGAAGAGUCCAAAUGGGACUAUUAGGAACAUUUUAAAUGGUACUGUUUUCAGAGAACCAAUUAUCUGCAAGAAUGUUCCUCGCCUCAUCCCAGGUUGGUCCAAGCCAAUAUGCAUUGGAAGGCAUGCUUUUGGGGAUCAAUAUCGAGCAACUGAUGCCGUUAUUGAAGGAUCCGGAAAACUGAAAAUGGUGUUUGUGCCUGAUGGACCGAAUGAGAUAAAAGAAUUGGAGGUUUACCAAUUUACGGGUGCUGGAGGAGUUGCUUUGUCAAUGUAUAAUACUGAUGAGUCCAUCCGCGCUUUUGCUGAGGCUUCAAUGAACAUGGCUUACCAGAAAAGGUGGCCACUUUAUCUUUCAACAAAAAAUACCAUUCUUAAGAAAUAUGAUGGCAGAUUUAAAGACAUAUUCCAAGAGGUUUAUGAAGCUCAAUGGAAAUCCAAGUUUGAAGCUGCGGGGAUAUGGUAUGAGCAUCGUCUCAUUGAUGAUAUGGUUGCUUAUGCCCUUAAAAGUGAUGGCGGCUAUGUAUGGGCCUGCAAAAAUUAUGAUGGAGAUGUCCAGAGUGAUUUCUUAGCCCAAGGAUUUGGAUCUCUUGGGUUGAUGACUUCAGUACUGGUGUGCCCAGAUGGAAAGACCAUUGAAGCUGAAGCAGCACAUGGCACAGUUACCCGCCAUUACAGGGUUCAUCAGAAAGGAGGUGAAACCAGCACAAACAGCAUAGCCUCUAUCUUUGCCUGGUCAAGGGGUCUUGCACACAGGGCUAAGUUGGAUGGGAAUGCUAGGCUAUUGGACUUUACUGAGAAACUGGAAGCAGCCUGUAUUGCAACUGUAGAAUCAGGGAAGAUGACUAAGGAUCUUGCACUUCUUAUUCACGGGCCUAAGGUUACUAGGGCUCAGUAUCUGAACACUGAAGAGUUCAUAGAAGCUGUGGCUGAGGAACUGAGAGCAAGGCUGCCUAAAAGAUCGAAGUUUUGAACUCCUAGCCAUUCACUUGGCUUUGUCUAUGGCAAUAAUGUAAACUCCACAGUUCAUUCAACUUAUCUGUUUCUCAUUCAAACAAGGCUGAUGAGAUUAUUUAUUAUUAUUAUAAAUCAAAGUUUUGAACUCCUAGCCGUUCACUUGGCUUUGUGUAUGCCAAUAAUGCAAUAAUGAAAACUCCCAAGUUCAUUCAA